AUGUCCACCAUAGUCAAGGAAGCUUCCCAGAGCUCAUAUCCCCCCGUCAUUCCCAAGGACUUCAACGGCAACCAGCCAAAGACCAUCCGCUUGUUCCCUCUAAGCAACUACACAUUUGGCACCAAGGAUGGCCAGCCCGAAGAGGAUCCGUCCGUUCUUGCCCGGCUCAAGCGGUUAGAAGAGCACUACUCGGAGCAUGGCAUGCGACGGACUUGCGAAGGCAUCCUGGUCUGCCAUGAGCACAACCACCCGCACAUCCUCAUGUUGCAGAUCGCAAACGCCUUCUUCAAGCUACCUGGCGAUUACCUCCGCGCCGAAGAUGACGAGAUUGAGGGCUUCAAGGCGAGGCUGAACGAGCGCCUCGCACCAGUGGGCACACAGUUCACAGGCGAAGGCGUAAACGACGAGUGGGUAGUUGGCGAUACGCUGGCGCAGUGGUGGCGGCCCAACUUCGAGACCUUCAUGUACCCUUUCAUCCCUGCGCAUGUCACCAGGCCAAAGGAAUGCAAGAAGCUGUACUUCAUCCAGCUUCCCCGUAGCAAGGUUCUUAGCGUCCCGAAGAACAUGAAACUCCUCGCCGUUCCUUUAUUCGAGCUCUACGAUAAUACCGCGCGCUACGGACCACAACUUUCGGCGAUCCCUCAUCUGCUCUCCCGCUACAACUUCGAGUUCGUCGACGAGGACGGCAAUGUCGCGGCGUGCACACCUGGUGUAGGCCCACCAGACGGAUACCGGCCUCAGACCAAGGUCCUGGCAGGCGGCGAUGGGGACGAUACUACGAUGGAACAGAAUGGGGAAGGUAGCGACAUCACUCUUUCGUAG